CUGCACAUCAGGAACAUAUGGUUUGGGCUGCAGCUACACCUGCCACUGUACUACUAACUGCAAUGACGUCACAGGCUGUUCCGGCAAAUGUCAAAGAGGAUGGUCUGGACCCAAAUGCAAUAAGGAAAACAUAGCCCUCGAUAAAGUAACCAGUCAGAGUUCUUACUGGCAGACUCGGAUGAAAUCGUCACGUGCUGUAGAUGGGAGUCUCAAAACACAUUUUGAUGACAAUUCAUGUAUUCACACAGCAACUGGACGUCCAUUCACCUGGUGGCAGGUAGACCUGGGCAUUGAAUUCUACAUACACAAGUUAGCCAUUCAUUUAAGGACAGACUACAAAAGUCGCAGAAAAGGCGUUACGGUGUACAGCUCAGUUGCUGAAAACCAAACAAACACUGGUCACCUGUGUGGUUCAACAAAAUCAACCAGUCCAGAUGUGACGUGGAUGACAUGUGACGAUACAGCUAGAUACAUCACACUCUACCGAAAUGACCACAGCAACGGUGACACGGCGAUGAGCUUCUGUGAAGUCCAAGUAUUUGUUUGUGAUGCUGGCACAUUUGGUGAUGACUGUCGCCAGUUCUGUCACUGGCUGAAUGGACCAUGCAACUAUGAAAAUGGUGAAUGCACUGGAGGAUGUAAACAAAACUGGACUGGGACAACAUGCAGUGAUAGGACAGCAGACAAACAAGGCCUGUUUGGGGUCAUGACCUACUUCCCCGUGACCUUGACCUUGGUAUGA